AUGUCUACGAAGCAAGCAGUCUCUCUGCCACAGGUCACUGUACCGACGUUCCUUAAAGCUGUCACUGGACUGGGCAGUCCACCGGUAUCUCUGGAGGGGUCAGGCGCUGUAUAUCAGGUCAUUGCUUUGUUCCAAGAAGCAGAGGGAUUACUGGAAGCAUGGAAGCACCCGGAUCCGUACCAUGCGCCAACAGCUCCCGGAGGAUCUAAAUUCGAAAGAAACCUUCCGGCUCCGAUUUUAACGCCACCGACCGAAUUUGUGAAGUAG